AUGAGUAUUAAUUAUGCAAGUAAAGUAUAAUCUAUUAUAAACAAGAAUUAGGAAAUCGUAGUAGAAGAUAAUCUUUGAAUUCUGAUUUCAUGCAAAUACAUAAGACUUCAUAAGUAAGAAUAAUUUUUUCUUAUAUUUUUAAGAAUAAUAAAACAUUUACAGAUUCGUUUUCUGUUUCACUUCAUCAAUCAAAAUCAAUUUUUAACAAAAAGAAUAUUUCAAAAUUAGACUUGUAACAAAAAAUUUAUAAUCAAUAUUAGAGAUGAUCAAUUUGGAAAUCUUAAAAGUAAAGUGAUUAGCUCUAAACCAAAAACUGAAGUUACAAGAAAGAAAUUUACAUUCAAUUAAAAAGGUAAAAUGAAGAAUUUUCUUAAUGCCAUUGACGAUUAUAUUGAACAAUUAAAUGAGAAUUCCCAUAGCUGUACUAUAACAUCAGAUUCUCAAAGUAAGUUAGAAAAUAUGUUUUUCCUUAAAUUUGACAUAAUAUAAAAAAAGUAGGAACAAUUAAAAAAAAAAUACAAAAAAUUACAAUAAUCUCAUUCUAUUGAAAGAUAUGAAAAUUAAACUUUGAAAAAUCAAUUGUAUGAUUUGCAUCAUUAGUUAGAAGCAGAAAAAAGAAAAAAUUACAUAUAAUAAUUAAAUUUAGAAAAGUAGGAAUAAAAAAAUAAAGAAUUAAAAUUAAGAUAUCAAUAUUUAUCAAAUUCUUAUCUCAGAGAAAAAUUGAAGCAAGAAAAUUAAAAAUUGAAAAUAUUGCAGAAUAGCAUCUCGAUAUAAGAAAGCAAUAUUGUAUUUAAAUAUAAUUAUACUUAGCCUUAAGAUACAAGCUAAUCUAGUUUAUUGUUAGAUGAUAGUACAAUGAAAAAAUUUCUAAAAUCAUAAAUUCGCAAAUUGAAAUAAAACAAUAGAUAAAUUGAUGAUUAUUCAAAUCUUUAUAAAAAAUAUAGUGAACAUAACAUUGAAAACUUUUGA